AUGAUGCACUCCGCCUUGCUGUCUCUUUCCCUUCUAGUGGCUGGUGCUGCGGCACAGGCUGAGAAUCUCUACACCUCGACAGCCACUGCUGACGUCGAGGCGGCACGCGCGACUGCCAAAACCUCCAGCCCUACGAGUAACGUCAAGGGCAAGGCUUUCGACAGGUUCGUCGUCAUCUGGCUGGAGAACACCGACUAUGACCUGGCUGCUGGCGAUGCAAACCUCUCAUGGCUCGCAAAGAAGGGUAUUACUCUGAACGGGUACCAUGCCGUCACCCAUCCCAGUGAGCCGAACUACAUCGCUGCCAUUGGCGGUGACUACUUUGGCAUGCAGAACGACAACUUCAACCAGGUUGACGCCAAUGUUUCCACCGUCAUUGACCUCCUAGAGGACAAGGGGAUCACCUGGGGCGAAUACCAGGAGGAUAUGCCCUACACUGGGUUUGAGGGAAAGGCGUAUGUCAACCAGAAGACUGGCGCAAAUGACUACGUCCGGAAACAUAACCCCGGAGUCAUCUACAACUCAGCCGCAGCCAAGACUGACCGCUUGGCUCUGAUGAAGAACUUGACCCAGUUCUACGUUGACCUGGAGAACGACGCUCUCCCUCAGUGGAUGUUCAUCACCCCCAACAUGACCAGCGACGGUCACGAUACAGAUGUCAGUGUCGCAGGAACCUGGACACGCACGUUUUUGGAGCCUCUGUUGGAGGACAAGCGCUUUAUGAAGAACACGCUCGUCCUGGUCACAUUUGAUGAGAAUGAGACGUACAGUAUCCAGAACCGCAUUCUCGGCAUCCUGCUGGGUGAUGCCGUACCAUCUAAGCUUGUUGGUACCACUGACGACCACUACUACAACCACUACAGUGAAAUCUCCACUGUUUCUGCCAACUGGGACCUGCACACACUGGGCCGCUUCGAUGUUGGUGCCAAUGUCUUCAAGCUCGUUGCGGACAAGACCGGCGACGUCGUUCGGGAGUGGGACGGCAAGGUUGCGCUGGACAACAUGUACUUCAACACGUCGUAUGCCGGCUACUUCAAUACCAAUGGUGGUAACCAGCGCUACCCUGGACCUAACUUGGGCAGCUGCACCAAGUCUCAUAAGCGGACGGUACUGCCCAGUAUCAAGAAAGCUUGGAGCGGCAACCCAGCGCCUGUCUAUUAUGGCCUCGGUGUGGCCAUCCCUGAUGGCCUCAACCCUCCCACUGGAUAUGCGCCUGUUCUAUAA